GCUUAGGCCAUAAAUCUUUACUUCUGGGAACUGUGUCAGGAAUAGAGCUUUGAACUUUGUUAAACAUGCAGAUAUUAGCAGAAAUCUUUAGAAUGUCAGCAAAAGAUUACAUAGCAUAUGUAGAUAAUAGACCUAGAGAGGGAUUCUUGAUGUAUGUAUCUGGGAUCUUUAUGACCUGAGUCUAAAAGGCUAAAAGGGUGUCUGAUUUUCAUUUUUUUUCUUUUCAAAAAAUAAUAAUAGAUUAAUCUGUUUUUUGGGGUUUUUUUGAGCUUUGAUAGGUUUUCUUGAUUCCUAUAUUUGGUACUCUGAAACAAUUCAUGGCUGUGACAGCUAUGGUGUACUAUAUAUGCUUUUCUUGGACUUUGGGUAUUUUCUUAUGGUCCUUGGAAUUACUUCACCUUAAAGGGGUUGUUGUUAUUCAGUUCUUCCAGUGGCAUUUUCAUGGUGAUAAAGAUUCACUCACUUCUCUUUCUAUGCUUUUUCUGCAGCUUAGAGAUUCUUGAGAAGACAAAGAUUGGAGUGAUUGAAGUUGAGGUGUGAUUCUUGAAAAAUGUUAUAAGAAGUUGAAAAUGACAUCAUCUUCUGCUGAAAAUAGUCCAGUGCCACUCAGAGUAGCACCCCCAAAUUAUCAUCCAUAUCCAUCUCCCUUGGUUACAUAUGAGAAUGUUGUGGCCUCUCCUCAACUGUUCAUGGAUACUUUGCAGAAGCUCCAUGCUGCCAUGAGAACCAAGUUCAUGAUCCCUGUUAUAGGGGGUAAAGCGCUGGAUCUGCAUCGCCUCUUUGUUGAGGUAACUACUCGUGGUGGUAUCUCAAAGGUUCUAGGGGAGAAAAGAUGGAAGGAAGUAACAUUAGUUUUUAGCUUUCCUUCUUCAGCCACAAAUGCUUCAUUUAUUCUUCGGAAAUACUAUAUUUCAUUGCUCUUCCACUACGAAAGAGUCUACUAUUUCAAGGCAAAGUACUGGACUCCUUCUCCUGACGUGUUGCAGCAAGCCUCACGUACUGCAGCUCCACCUCAAGGUUUGGCCGGAUAUGUGCUUCCACCACCAGAAAUAGAAGCCGCCUUGCCCCAGCCACAGAGGAUUGAAACAACAUUUCCUGAAGAAACUACAGCACUAUCAACAGGUUCACCUGUGUCUGGUUACAUUGACGGGAAGUUUGAGAGUGGAUAUCUUAUUACAGUGAAGAUUGGAUCUGAGGAUUUUAAAGGUGUUCUAUAUCAGAUUCCAAUGAGCCAAAUGCGCCAAGAGUUGCAAAAUCAGAAUCUUCCUGUUUACAACACUGGGAAAGAAGCAUCACCAACUGGGGUAGUUCGAAGAAAGCGUAGGAAGAAAUAUGAAAUCAAAAAGCGCGACCCUGCCCAUCCCAAGCCUAACAGAAGUGGUUAUAACUUUUUCUUUGCAGAACAACAUGCCCGGCUGAAACCUCUUUAUCCUGGAAAGGAUAGGGAGAUUAGUAGGAUGAUAGGUGAAUUGUGGAACAAUCUAAACGUACCAGAGAAGAUGGUCUAUCAGGAGAAAGCAUUGCAAGACAAAGAACGAUACAGAUUGGAGAUGCAAGACUAUCGUGAGAGACUAACAACCGGGCAAAUUAUUAGUAGUCCACUGCCAAUACAAUCUCCUCUCGAACACAAUGCUGAUAUGAUUGAUCAGCAAAGUGAACUUCAAAGUGAAAAUGGAAACAUUUCUUGGAGUCCAGAGCACGGAGCAAGUUCUGAUAAAUGUGCACAGAGCAACUCGGAGAACAACAACAAAGGCACAGACCCUCCAGUAUUAGAAAUGAAGGCAAACAACGUGAUCUUGGAGGAAUUUGAGUUGCUUAAGAGAGUAGACAUGGUCGAAUGCGAGGAUAAAGAAAUGCAGGAAGAAGAAGAAGAAGAUGAUGAAGCUGAUAAACAAGAAGAAUUACAACAAAGCAAGGAAAAAGUUUUCUUCUUCUUAGAAGAAAAAACUUUAUUACCAACUGAGGAGAAAAUAUAAACAAUGGUAAAGCUUAAGUUAAUUAACUUCCUAGAUAUUACAACUUAUCUUAAUUAUGUAGUGUUUGUUUUACUUAGUGAUUAUUUUGUUGUUUAAAUCUUAACUUUCUAGCAUUAGUUUUGGACACAAUUUAAAAAGUACGAACCAUUUUGAUGUA